AUGGUUUCCGUAGUGAAAAUAAUAUCAGUCGUGGGUUUUGUUCUCGGGUGUGCAGCCACAGCACGCAGACUGCCUGUGGGAUCUUGGGACUCGCAUAUCCAUAUAAUCGACCCCGAGAGAUUCCCUUUGGACCCUGAUAGAGACUACACCCCAAAGGCAGCAAGCGUUGCCAAUGCGUCGAGCUUUGAGACCAGCCUCGGCAUCGACCACGCCUGCAUUGUGUUGCCCAGCGUGUAUGGCACCGACAACUCGAUUCUGAUUGAUGCCCUGCGCCAAUUCAAUGGUUCAUACCGUGGUGUGGCCGUCAUUGACCCGGACAAUAUCACCUACCAUGAUCUUGCUGUGCUCCAUGAGGCCGGCGUUCGGGGCAUGCGAAUAAACCUUGACAGUCAAAACAGCGCAGAGGUGUCUGAGGCCGUUCGCAAGAACGCAGAAGUGGCCAGAGAAUGGGGCUGGGUUGUGCAGCUCUACACGCCGCUCUCAGCCCUGACGUACCUCCACGACAUCAUCCUCGAGUCUGGCGUUACCGUCGUCUUCGACCACUUCGGGCACACCCUGGUCGGUUCGAGGACCAACGUGAGCAUGAACACGUACGAUCCAUACCGAACGCUGGGGUUCCCACAGUUGAUCGACCUCGUCCAGAGGAAGGUAGCGUUCGUCAAGAUCUCGGGACCCUACCGGGACUCCGACCAGGCACCUUUUUACGAGGACAUGCGUGUGGUGGCCGAGACAAUCAUCAAUGCCGGCCCUGAUAUGGUCGUCUAUGGGAGUGACUGGCCGCAUACCAAGAGUAAGGAGGGGAAUACUGAAGUUGGGGGUCGGCUUCAGGCGCAGGACUUCCAGGAUAUCAACGAUGCUGCCCUGGUUGAGAUCACCAAGGAAUGGGCUGGGAGCGACGCUCAGGUUCAGAGGCUUUUUGUUGACAACCCCAGGCGGCUGUGGCAGUGGUAUGAGGACUCAUAGCUGGGCAGUGAUUUCUCUCUGUGGGUGGGAUUUAAUACAGCUGAAUUAUUUAGUCAUUUCUUGAUAAAUAAUGAUAUGAAGCGGAUUCGUC